CCGAAAGUGGGUCUUCAGUAAUUGCGAGUGGUAUCAUAAGAAAACCUGUUAGAUUUAGCUUUGUAGGCACCAGUUUCCUUCGAGUUCUGAGAGAGAGAGAAAGCAGAGAGGAGAGGGAGAGAGAGGGAGGAGCACGGCGGAGAGUCACGUCGUUGGUUCUGAGUGUCGACGGUUGUUUGUGCUUUGCACGUGCAAGAUCCGUUUUAGUCUAUCGAAAUCCUGCAUUCCGCAAUUUCUAAUUUCUUGAACCCAAAAACAAUUCCUAAAUCCUCUCUUUUGAGUCUUUGCCAAUCAUCUUUUGUGAACUGAUUAAUUAAUCAAUUGUUUUUGUUUUGUUGUCUGAUUAAUUUAUUGAUUCCUUGUAAACUGAUUAGUUUAUAUCCGUGCUUAUAAAUUGAUCAGAGUUUUGUUUUUACUGCUGCAAACCCUAAUUUGGAAUGGCCAUGGCUGCCGAUUCUUCUGUCAAUCACCACUCUCCGCGUGGCCCUGAAUUUUCCACCGAUGGUGGCGGCGGCGUUGUCGAUAAGAGAAGUAGUUUACCCUCUCCAUGGGCGAAAGUUGUCCGAGGAGGUGAACUAGAGGCCGUCCAAUCUCCGCCGUCCUUAUCCUCAUCGUUGUCCUCAUUGGGCAACUUGGCAGUGGAGCAAACCCCUUUUUCAGAUGGGUCCCAAUCCUCCAAAGCUGCUCGUUCUUCGCCGCCUCCGCAUACGCCGGAUGGUUUUUCAGCUGCUGACAGCCCCAAUGGCCAUAACAGCAAUGCCGGUCGGCCAAAGAAGCCGGCUUGGAACAAGCCCUCCAACAGCGUAGUUGAGGUUAGUCCUGUAACAGUAAUGGAUGCUUCUUCUUGGCCUGCUUUAUCCGAGUCGGCUAGGGCUUCACCUAAAUUACCAGUUGAUCCCUCUCCAAAGACUGUCUCCGAAACAAUUGUCAACCAAGAAUCAGUUCCUGUUUCCCAGGGACCUGUUAUAGCACAUUCACCCAACUCCAAAAGACAUCCUGCUAAUAGUGCAAAUCAGAAUUCCACAUCAAAUCAUGCACCAGCUCGGCAAAGAUCAAUUAAGCGUGGUGGCAGUGGCAACAAUGGGGGUGGGCAUGCACAUAGUGGUUUCGGACACCCUGUCACCCCGCCACCACCACCACCAUUCCCUGUUUUCCCUAUUCUACCUAAUGGGUAUGGCAAUCUGGUACCAGCAAUACCAGAUCCUUCUCCACGAGAUCCUUCAUUCCGGGGCAGCAAUUGGGAUGCUAGACCAGUUGGUGGCUUUGUGCCGCAACCACACCCAGUAAAUGACCAUCGGAAUUCUCGUAGGGGAAAUUUUGGACCGCGCCCACGUGGAGAUGGUCACUACCACAAUAAUCACGGAGGCAAACGUGACCAGGAUCGUGGAAACUAUAUGCAUCCCAGGGAUGUUCACAUGCAUCAGCAUAGAGCCCCUCCAAUGGGCCUUGUAAGGCCAUUACCACCAAAUAAUGCUGCAUUCCCGCCCCAGCCUGCAAGACCCUUUGCAAGCCCCAUGGGUUUUCCUGAGUUUGUGUAUAUCCCUACAUUGCCUUUGGAGCCCAUUCGAGGCAUGCCACCGUUCAUUUCUCAACCACCACAUCCUGCAAUGUUUUAUCCUGUUGCAGAAUCUCCUCUACCUUCAUUGAUAAUCAACCAAAUAGAUUAUUACUUCAGUGAUGCUAAUUUAAUAAAAGAUGACUUUCUACGGUCCAACAUGGAUGCUCAGGGUUGGAUUCCUAUAUCUCUAAUAGCAAGCUUUCCUCGGGUCAAGAGUUUGACAACCAAUAUCCAAUUAAUACUCGAUUCCUUAAGAGCUUCCAGUAUUGUUGAAGUACAGGAUGAUAAGGUGAGGAGGCGUAAUGAAUGGACCAAAUGGAUAUCAACUGCUGGUCAGCUUCCAGCUGAGUCAGGUUCACCAUCCACACUAUCCUCCAGUGUAUUAAGUGAUAACACACUUGCAAAUUCUUUUGGAAAGAUGACUGUGGAAGUACCUAGCCAAAAUAGUAUGGCAUGUAAGCCAGAUCCAAACUCUGUGGCUAUUCCAGAGAGUUGUUCAACCGAGUCAACUAGCCAAUCACAACUUCCUAAUGGGGAUGUUACUCAAACCGAUCAUUGAAGUCGAAGUAGAUGUUUAUCACUAAAAGGAUUCAAGCAAAAUCACGGAGACAAAGUGCACUUGCAAUUUUGAAGGGUUUGCUAAGGUAAUGGGGGAAGGGAGGUAGCUGUAUAGCCUGUACCGAGGGCAUGCAAAUUCUUUUCUUUAUAAAUCUGUUACUUUGCUUAGUUUUGGCAUGUUUUUGAGGCUAGUACAGGAAACAAAUAAGAAAAUAAUGAUAAAUUAUUCUUCGAUUGAGAAGAAGAAAGAGAAGAAGAUGAAGAGAAUCGAGCAAAGGAGAAUCUGGAGGUCAUUGGUUUGUAUAGUUUGGAUUUGGUGUGAAUGUUUGUGGGUUUAUUUUUUGGCACGUCAAGAAAAGAGCUUAGUUUGAGAUGUUAUGUUUCUCGCUAAGAGCUUAGUUUGAGCUGCAGUGCACUCUGUGUUUGUUUUCCACCAAAGGAUGGUUAGACCUUUUGCUUGAAUUUUCACAAUUUUGUACUCCACUUUAUGUAACUUUUGCCCAUCUUUAUUUCUUUUCUUCUCCUUUUAA